GCUGCAUGAGGCCCAAGUGGCUGUGUCUCAGAUCUGUCUCCCUGUGACCUACACUGGCUGAGAUCCAUAGGAAGGAUGUCUGGUCUCCUCAGAAGGCAGGAAGUGACCUCAGUGGCCUUUGAGGAUGUGGCUGUGAACUUCACCCAGGAGGAGUGGGCUCUGCUUGAUCUUUCCCAGAAGAAUCUCCACAGAGAUGUGAUGCAGGAAGUACUUAGAAACCUGGCUUCUAUAGGAGUCAGAUGGGAGGACCAAAAUGUUGAAGAUCAGAACACAAAUCCUGGGAGAGAUGUAAGAGACAGGGUCUCAUUGAGCUGCUUCUGUGCAAACAAAUCAUAUAAGAAUGAGGAGUGUGGAGGGAARCCAUAUGAAGUUAAACAGAACAGGAAUUCCUUCAUUUCUUUCACAAGUGUUCAAAGACAAGUGUCAGUGCAUGAUGUCAAUGGACCUUAUGGAUAUUUGACCUGUAGAAAAGAGUUCAAUUGUUUCAGGAGUUUUGAAAAAUGUGGACAAUCUCAUACUKGGGAGAAGAUAUAUGGAAGUAAGCAACCUGGGGAAGACUUAACUUGUUCCAGUUCCCUUCGAAAGUAUAAUAGAACACAUACUGGAGAGAAUCCUUACCAAUGUGAAAAGUGCGGGAAAGCCUUUGCUAGAUCCAGUCACCUUUGUUCACAUAAAAAAACUUAUACUCUAAAGAAGCCCUAUGAAUGUAAACAAUGUGGAAAAACCUUCCCCUGGCCCUCUUCCCUUCAAGUACAUGAACGAACUCAUACUGGAGAGAAGCCUUUUAAAUGUAAACAGUGUGGGAAAGCCUUUGCUAGAUCCAGUCACCUUCGUGCACAUGAAGAAACUCAUACUGCAGAGAAGCCCUAUGAAUGUAAACAGUGUGGGAAAGCCUUUGCUACAUCCAGUCGCCUUCAUGCACAUGAAAAAACUCAUACGGUAAAGAAGCCCUAUGAAUGCAAAGAAUGUGGAAAAGCCUUCGCUUGGCCGUCUUCCCUUCAAAUACAUAAACGAACUCAUACUGGAGAGAAGCCUUUUAAAUGUAAACAAUGUGGGAAAGCGUUUGCUACAUCCCGUCACCUUCCCUCACAUGAAGAAACUCAUACUGCAGAGAAGCCCUAUGAAUGUAAACAGUGUGGGAAAGCCUUUGCUGCAUCUAGUCAUCUUCAUGCACAUGAAAAAACUCAUACUAUAAAGAAACCCUAU